CCUUCAUCCGGGAACUACUACGAACUUGCUCUCCAACAUGUCGGCGGCAGCUAAGAAGAAGAAUAAGAAGGGGAAGACCCUCACUCUUACUGACUUCCUAGCAGAGGACAGUGGAGGCAGCAGCGCGCCCCCUAGCUACCCGACCAAGACCACAAGCUGGGCUGAUGAGACUGAUGACCUGGACGGAGAUGUCUCUACUUCGUGGCACACAGAGGAAGACACGUACAGGCAGCCACCCAUCGACCGCUCCAUCCUGCCCACAGCCCCUCGAUCAGCCCGUGAGCCCAACAUUGACCGGUCCAGACUGCCCCGCAGCCCGCCUUACACGGCCUUCCUGGGCAACUUGCCCUAUGAUGUCACUGAGGACUCUAUCAAAGACUUCUUCCGCGGCUUGGCAAUCAGUGCAGUGCGUCUGCCUCGUGAGCCCAGUAACCCAGAGAGGCUGAAGGGCUUUGGCUAUGCUGAAUUUGACGAUGUUGAAUCCCUCCUGAGGGCCCUUAGUCUCAAUGAGGAGAACCUGGGGAAUCGAAGGAUUCGUGUGGAUAUUGCAGACCAGUCUAAUGAUAAAGAGAGAGACAGUGGACUUAUGGGAGGCAGAGACAGGGGGGGACGGAUGGCAGACAUGGGUCCUGACAAGACCGACAGCGACUGGAGAGCUCGGCCAAGUGCGGAUGCUGAUGAUGGACCUCCCAGGAGAGAUGAUGCCUUUGGAGAGAGAUCACGGGACCGUUUUGAGUCCGAUCGCUACAGAGAUGGGCCACGACGGGACAAUGAUCGUUACGAGGGAGGGAGAGACCGCUACCGGGAUCGCUAUGAUGACAGGGACCGCAGGGAUCGCUAUGACGACAGGGACCGCAGAGACUACGAUAGAGGAGGUUUUGACUCCCGUGGUGGUGGAGGAGGUCGUCGUGCCUUUGGCAGUGGCUUCCGUCGUGAUUAUGACGACAGUCGGGGUAGCAAUGAUCGUUAUGGGGACCGGGAUCGUUAUGGCGAACGUGAUGACCGGUACGAGAGGCGGGAUGAGAGACGUGAGGACAGAGCUCCUCAGCAAAGACCCAAGUUGAACCUGAAGCCCCGUAGCGUACCCAAGGAGGAGGAAGGUACCAGCAGCGGUGGCGGUGGAACUUCCCCAGCUGCUGCUCCUAGCUCCGGCAGCAGUAGGGCCUCCUCCAUCUUUGGCGGAGCAAAGCCGGUUGACACAGCAGCGAAGGAGAGGGAGGUAGAGGAGAGGCUGAAGAAAGAAGAAGAAAGACUGCAGAGGCAGCUGGAAGAGGACAAAGGCCGAGGACCUGAAAGAAAGAUGAGAGACAGGGACCCAAGCUGGCGCAAUGAGGAACCUCCGGCUGAGCGAUCCCGUACAGGAAGUGAGUCUUCACAGCAAGGAAGCAGCUCUGGAAGAGGGUCACGGUGUCAAGAUAACGAGCGCUCUGGGGAGAAUGAGGUCUUCAGUGGGAGAGAAAGUAGCUCCACUUCUCCUGGGCCCUCACCACGGCCCUCCUCCACCAGCUCCUCCAAAGAGCCACUGAAGGUGAUGCCUGCACCUCCUCCCAAGGAGAACGCAUGGGCCAAGAGAAGUGCAGUCAGCACGGGCUCUAACGAGGGCGAUGGACGAGCUCCAGUGUCACCGGUCUCCCCGAGUGGUUCAGCUCCUCCCAAGUUCAGCCCCUCAAGUUCUGCAGAUGAGAGAGGAUCUGGAAAGGAUGAGAACAAGGCUGACGGUGUGCGUCGGGACCGGGGGCCCCCACGGGCACGAGGGGGGCCUGCAGGGCCUGGAGCUGGGCGGGGCCGAGGAGAGGGGCCCAACAGAGACCGAAGAAAGGAGGCAGACAGAAGAGAUAACAGAAGAGACCGAGACUCCAGACCACCUCCAGAGCCAAAGAAAUACGAAGAAACCCCAACCCCCAAGUUCAGCUCAGCCAGUAAGUACGCCGCUUUGCUAAUGGACGGAGACCAAGGAGACGAUGCAGAGGACAUCGAAUAGAGAGAAGAUAACGAGACAAGGCCUGAGAGCGCAAGGAGAGGAGAAUGACAAACGCAGGAAGAAAAAAAAAAAAAAAAAUCUCACAUAGCAUAUGAAAAAUCUCCUCACAUGGGAAGUGGCUCCUGGGAGGACAUCGCUCCCUCCCUCCUUUCCUCCUACAAACCUGUCCUUUACUUUCAAACCACCCACCCAUCCCUACUCCCCUGUCCCACCUUCAGGACUUUUCAGGUUCUAAAGAAUAGUCACAUACUGGACUUGUUUUAAAUGGAAAAGAGGAAUAGCAGACACAUGGAAAAAAAAUAUGGAUAACAUUGAAUUAAUUGUAAUAAAUAAAUGGAAAAAGUGGGGAAAAAAAUGAAUUUGUAUAUUUGUGGAUCACAGGUGUGGUAAGGUGGGAUCUAAUGACAGAAGGUGUAGCCUAGUAAGUGGAACCUUUUUUUUAUUUGUAUCCAUUUUUGACUUCUUAUUCUUAGACAACUGCAUAACGUCAUUAUUACAAGCCCUUUGUAUUUGUUAGUAAAUAAUUUGGUAUCAUAAAAUUGAUCUCUUAGCAAAUUUAUUGAUGAAAUUUAGUCAUGGAAAUCCUGUCUUCCAAACACUAACAGUCAUGAAUGUUGAGACUUGGCUACUAAUUUAAUUUGCCAAUCAUGUAUUCCAAAAUAAUAAUUUGUGAUUGAAUUUGUUCUGAACUGAGCUGAUUCAUGCAUUAUGAUAAGAAAACACUGUCUAAUGCACAAACAAAAUGCAGAAGUGAUUUGUGUGUUGAAAGAAAAGCAGCAGCAGCCGCUGCACGAUUCUGAGAGUCAAGUGCCAUUACUAUCAUCCCCAUCGUUGUACAGAUGUCCCCCUAUUUCUACACCUUCUGAUGAAGUAAUCAUGUCAAUUAAAGGCUCAUAAUGGUCUUGUUUCCAGCUGUGCUAAAGAUUAUCCGCAGCUGUUUAAAUCAUUCUCUCCUCCUCUCGUAAGGAAUACAAAUAUAUGGAGAAAAUAUAGACUUGCCUAUAGUAGGUUGUGAGGACAUCUGUGAGAGUACAUGAACUUGUCUUCCCAUUUGCAAUAAAUUGGGGUCAUUAUGUGCAUUCAAA